AUGGCGCACCAAAUGGACUCAGAGCGCCGAGGGGCGAGGGGAGCGAAGGGUAAUGGAACGAUGAUGCAGUACUUCGAAUGGUACGCAGAGGGGGGCGGUGUGCACUGGAAGAAGUAUGAGAACGAGUCGCAGAGGUUGGCCGACAUGGGUAUCACUGCCUGCUGGCUGCCACCACCCACCAAGGGCUCCUCGCCCGACGGUACCGGUUAUGACAUCUACGACUUGUUCGACCUGGGAGAGUUCGACCAGAAGGGAAACAAGGCAACCAAGUGGGGUAGCAAGGAGGACCUCCUCAGCGCCAUCAAGGUUGCCGCGGACAAGGGUAUCAUUACCUACAUUGAUGCCGUUCUCAACCACAAAGCUGGAGCAGACGACAAGGAAGAGUUCAUGGCUACCAUGGUCGACCAGAACAACAGGAACAAGCGUGUUGGAGAGAUGCACAACAUCCAAGGCUGGACCAAGUUCGACUUCCCCGGCCGAGGUGACAAGUACUCCAACAUGAAAUGGAACUACAACCACUUCACUGGUGUCGACUACGAUGCGAAGACCGAGACUAAUGCUAUCUUCAUGAUCCAAGGAGACGGCAAGGGAUGGGCCACAGACGUCGAUGACGAGAAUGGAUCUUUCGACUACCUUAUGUUUGUAAUUGAUCAUGCUCACCCCGACGUUGCCGAGGAAUGCUUCAAGUGGGGAGAAUGGAUCUUGGAGGAGACAGGCGCAUAUGGAUUCAGGUUUGACGCCGUCAAGCACAUCUCUGCCGAGUUCAUCUCCAACUUUGUUAAGCGCAUCCGUUCGCAGGAGAAGGGCAAAUCCAAGGCCUUCUGCGUCGGAGAGUUCUGGCACGACUCGGUCGACACGCUUGUCGAGUAUGUAUCGAGCCUUGACACCCAGUUCUCGUGCUUCGACAGCUGUCUCCAGGCCAACUUUAAGGAGGCUGGCGAGAGCAAGGAGAACUACGAUAUCCGAAAGAUCUUCGAUAACACUUUGGUGCAGCGUCGUCCUAUCGAUGCGGUCACCCUCGUUGACAAUCACGACACCCAGGUCGGCCAAUCCCUUGAGCGAUGGGUCUCGUCCGGCUUCAAGCCCCUCGCAUACGCUCUCAUCCUCAUGCGCGUUGACGGCUACCCCUGUGUGUUCUACGGCGACCUGUAUGGCUGUGGCGGUGAGAACCCGCAGGCCCCGGUCUCUCAGCUCGACGACAUGGUCCGAUGCCGCAAGCUCUUCGCACACGGCGAACUCCACGACUACUGGGACCACCCCAACUGUGUUGCCUGGCUCCGGAAGGGCGACGAUGACUUUGACGGCAGUGUCACCAUUAUCUGCAACGGCAAGUCUGACGGAUCCAAGAAGGUCGAGGUUGGCCAGGAGCACAAGGGUGAGAAGUGGACGGACGCGAUGGGGUGGCACCAGGGAGAAGUCACCAUCGGUGAUGAUGGUUGGGCCGAGUUCUACUGCCCGCCCGAGAGUAUCUCCAUCUGGACCAAGACCGACGCGAGGGGCCGUGAGGAGUUCAAGAAGGGAGAGUAG